CCUAGCAGAAAUCCAGUGAGUCUAGCUGCAACAGGAGCUCAGUCCCUAACUUUGUUGACAUUUGUCUUAGUUAUUUUUCCUCUCAUUCUUUCUCUCUCGUUUUUGGUCUCUCUGUCUCCUGUGGUCAUGUUUGAUUUUAGGUGCCUUGUUUAAUCCCACCCUCCUGGCCUGAGAGAGAGGAGGAGGAGGGAAACUGCAGGGGAGAAGUAAGCAACAAGAUAAAAUGGAUAGCAGAGGCAAGAAGCAUGGAGGGUGGAAUAUUGUGCUGCUAGGGAAUAUUGGAAAGGAAAGCGGAGACACCCAGGAUUUACAUAAAGCCAGCGGCUCAGGUUUUCAGGAUUACUAGCUCUUUCCUUCUCUACAUGCUGGGCAAGAAUCCAGAUGGGAAAACGGAUAAUUCCUUCUUCCUGUAUUUUCCAGCCCAGCUUCUGUGCUAUUUUUCCAUUAUGGCUUUUGCUGCUAUGGACAACAUCCCUGCGAGGAGCUUUCUGCCUGUUGGCAUCUAAUAACAUCUGCGGCGCCGUUGCCUUGGGAGAGACGGGUGAGGGGAAGAAUCAGCUCAGCUGACACUCCCUCUUCUUUGACCGUCAUCACCAAGGUAACUGCCAUUAAUCUCAAGCGAUCAGCGCUUUAAGGGUCACAUCAUGCUACCUGGCAACGCUCCAGAAGGAAAGGACGCACUGGGAAAAACAAGGGCUGACAUGUCUACACGACAAAAUUAAGUCAACUUAAGGUUGGCUGCAUUGGUUAGGCCUCACUUAUGUUGCACCACUGAUGGCUUGCAACUCCAAACAGAAGCAGAGGAGUGAAUGAAUUGAGGCAUGAGCACAGGGGGACCACGCCCUGUAUCCAGCAGCCAUGCUCCUCCGAGGAUUGCGGCUCCAUGGGAAGUGGUGCCGUUUUUCCAGCCCCAUUACUCAGUUCCUUACCUUAACUGUGGUGACGUUUGGCGUGUUGGCUCCCUUGAUUUGCCACCGGCUCCUCCAUUCCUAUUUUUACUUACGCCGCUGGCAUCUGAACCCCAUGAGCGAGGAGUUUCUGAAGCAGAAUCAGGAGGAUGGCCAGACUGCCCUCCGUUACUUUGAGGACCUGCGGACUCCUAACUCCUCGGAGAUCUCAGGUGACAAGGCCCUCAGACCAUGGCUGCUCAUCACCAUCGUCACCGUGCAGAGGCGGAAUGAGUUCCACUACGUCCUGCAGGUAGCUUCCCGCUUCCACCGCCUCCUCCAGCAGUGUGGCCCUCGCUGCCAGAGCUACCAGGUCUUUAUCUGUAACGUAGAGCAGGACCCGGGCAACCACCAGGACGCCAGGCUGUUGGGUAACUUCUUUGCAAUGGUCAGCCGCUACAAAAACUGGGAGGACCCCGAUGCCGCAGUGAACCAGUUUGAGAAAGAGAAGCGGGACUAUGCAUUCUGCAUGGAGCAGUCGCUGUUGGCCUACAAUCCAGAGUACAUCCUUCUGGUAGAAGACGAUGCUGUUCCCGAAGAGGAGAUAUUUCCUGUCCUGCAGCACCUGCUGUUGGAACGGCUCUCAAAGCCACACCUCAAAGAUGCCCUCUACCUGAAGUUGUACCAUCCCGAGCGACUUCAGCACUAUAUUAACCCAGAGCCUAUGAGGAUCCUGGAGUGGCUCGGCCUGGGCAUGUUUCUGGGCCCCCUGCUGAGCUUUGUGUACUCCUGGGUGUCUGGCCGCCCAAGCCUUACCUGGCCCAUUGUCCUGUUCUUUGCCUUGUACAGCAUGGCACUAGCAGAGCUGGUGGGUCGCCACUACCUGCUGGAGCUGCGUCGGCUGACCCCUGUGCUCUACAACGUGGUGCCAGUCACCGAGUGCUGCAUGCCCGCCAUGGUGUUCUCUGCCUCUUCCGCCCGCCGUGCCUUAGGUUACCUUCGGGAGGUGCACUGCCAUCCGGGCUUUGCCAAGGACACUGCACUCUAUUCCCUGUUGCACAUCAAGGAUGAGAGGGCCUAUGUGGUGGAGCCCAAUCUGGUCAGGCACGUGGGGAUGUUUUCCAGCCUCAGGCCAAAUAACAUCCCUAAACUACUGUGACCCACCAAGAAAUGCCUUUAUGGAAAAACUGGGAGCCAAGGGAGCCUUGUCCUUGGGCAGACAUAUCAGGUGUGACUCCAGAGGUCAUGCCAGUUGCAACUGUGCUCAGAACUACCAGCGCCACCUAGCGGAGGGAAAGGAAAUUAAAAAAAAAUGUUUACUGAAA